ACAAUGGGAAUAUAAUUGUUCUCAGUGCACUUAUCUGUCAGUGAUUGCGCACUCUGAAUAGCUGCCGAGUUGUGUCGGUAUUCCCGCAGCGAUCGCUGGUUGCGGUGUCCCGGUUGGUUAACCUUUAACGCUGUUGACAUUCAUACGCAACUGAGCAUCUAACUGCCUUGUAGCAAUUUUUUCAGAUUUUUUUCCCCAACAUCGACAUCAUGCAGCGCUUCCGAGUAUUAAAUCGCUUGUUGCAAUUUUCAACAGAUGUGUCAGUGCUGUCAAAAAUAGCGUACAGCCAUUCAGAUAACGUGGCAUGUCAGGCUGCCGCUUGACAGAUGUAUAAUAGUUGUCACAAAGUGUGAGUCGUGCAUUUUUAUUCGUCAUUUAAAGUGUUCAAAUCAUAUUACUCUUCUGUGACCAAACUGUUUUCGUGAGUGUGUUUCUGUGUGAAAUUUAAGGCCGCCCACGUUUUUUUCAGCCCAAUGUAGAAAUUCAGACUGAGUAAAGGAAAAUAAAAUCACUAUGCCGGAGGUAAUAAGCAACACGCGGUCCCUCUGCAGUAUUUGGCUGCGGAUGUAACAAGCAAGGUGCAAUAAUCUCGUUUUAAAACGUGUGCGUUUGUCGUGUCAGCUGCGCUAGUUCGGCAAAGUUUUUUUUUUUUUUUUAACUCUAAGUUUAGUUUUUAAAAAGUCUUAAAGAAAAAAAGAACCCUAUUUCCCAGCCCUAGUCAAAAGCCCCGUUUCCCAACACAAACACUCAUAAACCGCAGCUAGGCUACGCUAAAGCGAUAUCUCAAUGGCGCAGAGAAAGGAGCACUGAAUGGAGGCGUUCAACGCGCUGAAAGAACAUGUUUGUGCUUUCUGUUGUGCCACAAACGAACGUGGUUUGUAAAUUAAUAUUGCAACCAUUCAUAUAGGCCUAGAUAGAUAUUUACUGAUGUGAUUCUGCCCCCGCUACAGAGUAACACCGCCGUUUAUUUUAAUGUUCCUAAAGAGAUAAGGCAGUAUUUUUCCUCGUUAUUUUUUUGGCAAAAUCUAUUACCUUUUUAAAUCUGAGUUCUCCGCUGUUUUCCUUCUAAACAUGAUUUUAUUCUUCGUGUUCAGUACGCUAAUGAACAGUAGAUGGAUGCAGUUAGAGAGGGUAGGGUGACUCCCUUUUAAAUACCCGUUAAGUGUAUUACAUCGGAACGUCGAGCGCGUCCGUAAUACACCCAAUUAGAAUAAAGAUCAAUAUUAAACUACUGUAAUGCAACAACGAGACAAUGUUGCCAUCUUCUGUCCAGGCGCGGUAUUACACAUGCAUGCUUUAAAUGCAUAUUUUUCGUCUUGAUUUAAGUAAUAUUUUUGACAGGUCAAAAUGUCCUUUAUGGAUGUCGCUAACAGGGGCGUCGGAGGGGACAUGGGUACCCAGGCAGAUUCAGUGGGGCCAGCGUUUGACAGUGGACCUGGAAUACGUGAAAUUGGACGGGGGAGCACGUGACAUUUUGUCAGGGGCCCCAGAAUUCCUAGGUACACCCCUGGUCGCUAAUAAUUACCAGUAAAUGAUCUAGAUGUAUCAAGAAAUCUGCAGUUAUGCUAAAAAUACCUGGAAUUAAAUUCAGUAUCAAUUCAACUUGAUUUCUACGUGGACAGGAGUUAUUUGCAGUUUUCUAAAUUACAUUUAAGCAUUAUCUUAAUAAUUAUGCCGCAUAUAUUCACUUUAAGCGUAUAAAUAGUUGAAUAUGUGGUAAAUACGAGCAUAUCAAUAGAAAUAAAUAUAAACGGCUUUAAAAAUGUUAGUUUGUCGUUUGGUUUGACAGGGUGACUGACAUCUCCCCAGGUCAUAUCAUCAUAUCAUCACAACAUAUUGUGAGAAAUUUUGGUUUCGGUAACGUACUGUAUUCAUUAUCAAGAAAACGUUUGGCUGUCUUUCUCUCUCGUUCUGUCUUAUUUUCCUUCUUUCUCUCCAGCAAAUAAUAAUUGUGUUCAGCUACGAUCUUUUCCCUUUUUUAGGGUUGAUGCCUACAGGAAUGGAUGUCAUGCCUUCCGCUUAGCAGAAUGGGGAAAUGUGCACCACAUUUCAGUCUGCAAUGCAGUCGGGUUUCAUUUGUGUGUGGGAUUGAGGCCACCCAAAGAGCAGCUGAAUGGGACCUGAGUGUUUCUCAAGCUUCGCUUUGGCAGGCGCGGAGAUCUGGAGGGACUUCGCUGGGCGGAGCCUGCGGCGUGACGCAGGAUUCCAUUCAUUUGUAAAGUGCCGAAAUAUAAAACGGCGCAAUGAACUUUCUGAGCUGUGAGCCGCGAUCGCUGCUCUGUGUCCAACUUCUGCUGCGGUGGCAACCUGCAGAUAUAGAGAUCUUGCAAAACCGCUACAAAAUAUCCGAAAAAGUAAGUUUUAUGCGAAGUCAGGGCUAGUUUGUAGGCGUCGAAGGACGACAGCACACUCAUCGAUAGACCUAUGCUACUGUCAUCAGAGGGAUGGAGAUGAGAGAGCUGGCGGUGGUGGCCGGCAGCUUCCUGGCUUUCCACCUGCUCUUCUUCGUGCUCAGUCCGCUGCUCUCCUCGGCCGUCACCCCCGCCUACAGGCGCCUGCCCCCCAGCAAGCUCACCGAGUGGAACUCCAGGGUGGUGUCCACCAUCCACGCCCUCAUCGUUGGCUUCUUCUGCCUCUACAUCCUGUGGUUUGAUGAUGCCGUCAACAUGGAUCCGGUGUGGGGAGACCCCAAGCUGGUGCAGAUUAACGUAGCUAUAGCCUGCGGUUACCUCCUUUACGACCUCGUAACGGUGACGUGCUACUGGAGUACGCUGGGGGAUGGAUUUUUCGUGUGUCACCACUUGGCUGCGCUCUACGCAUAUGGAUACGUUCUGACGCGGGGGGUGCUUCCGUAUUUCGCCAAUUUCCGCCUCAUUUCGGAACUCUCCACCCCGUUCGUGAAUCAGAGGUGGUUCUUCGAGGCUCUGUCCUUCCCUCGCUCGCACACCCUGGUGGUGGCCAACGGCGUGGCCAUGGCUGUCGUCUUCUUCCUGGUCCGCAUCGCCGUCAUGCCCGCUUACUACUCGCGGGUGGUGGCCACAUUCGGCACGCCAGCGUUCCACCGGCUCGGCCUGGGUGCUCAGACAGCCUGGAUCCUGUCCUGCAUCUGCCUGGAUGUCCUCAACACCAUCUGGAUGUACAAAAUCACCCGAGGCUGCUACCGGGUCCUGACCGGCUAUAAGACGAAGAGUGACCAGGCCAACAGCCACAAUGACUGAGGGGGGGGGUCACUUUAGGGUGUCUGUUUUAAACAAAGCCGACAUGUUGUGGCGUUAAACCUGGAGUCAAUCAUCAGGGGAAUUGUUAACGGGACGGUAAUUAUAUGACCAGUAAAUUGCUGCCCCCCCCCCAUCAGAUAAGAUAAUGUUCUGAGAUGCUGAGACUUUUUGCUUCCGACUUCAGCACCCCCCACCCCCCACCCCCAGUAAAGAGCCAGCAGGACUUAGUGCUUAGUGCCACCUCAUGUCACCCGUCCGCAGGGGGAGAACCUUCCGGGGAUGCCCUCGUCCCCCAGCUGCCUGGGGGGGGGGCCAUCCGGUGGAGCAGUCUGAGCACUGAGGACAACACGCAUGUUUUGGGAGCCCUGGACCCGGGCCAGACCUCGUGAGGAUCUCGAGAACGUGGCCUCGAGUGAAGCAGCGCUUCCUUUGAAGUCUUGGAUUCUCUCCACGGUCUGUGAUCCCUUACCUCAGAACCGGGAACAGCCAGCAUUUGUUGGCAAAAAGUUCUUGACAGUUCCUGUCAUGGUCUAGGAGUGUCUUACUCAGACCUCGCAGCUCAGUAUUGGCUGAUACAGAAUGGGUUUGCUCUUAUAAUGGUCCAUUAAUCUCCAUUCCUGCAGGAAGGUGUUCAGUUUGGGAUUUCUUUAAAGCACUCAACACUUUCUUUGCAGUUGUGUUCUUAAGCUGUCAGAAAACCUGGAAAUUUUCUACGACGCACACAGUAGCAGACUUGUGCCUCCACACGUGUGUGUGUGUACCUCCGUGAGCACGUAAAGGCUGAGGUCACGUGGAUGUCAUGGCACCUUUGCACGUUCCCAGUGCUCUUGAUCUGUGAGUUCAGUGACAUGUGGACAGAAUCAGCUGUAGGGAGCCUGGCUGUGGUUUUGUAAUGGGCACCAUGUCUAUAGGUGUGUAAUAUCUGUCUCUUUUAAACUGCUUCAUCUCUGUAAACUGGUGACUGUCCUGACUGUAAUUCGUAAUUUGACAAGUAGGGUUUCUGUGGUAUAGCAACUUCUUCUCUUCACGGAGCCACAGGGAAAAGAUCUUGUCUGUCCUCCCCCCUCUCCCAGUGGAAUUCCAGGUGCCCAUGAACUGUUACCCCACCCCCCCCCCAUGUCCUCCCAUGAAUACCUUGGGCCCCACCAUCAGAUUUCAUCCGGCACUGACACUGUUUCAGAUCAGGGGUCUUGGAUGCUGUUCUCAUAUUUUGUCUUUGGAGGUGUAUAUUGGGACUUUCCUUGUCCUUGCUGCUUGAAGCUGAUGGUUCUGAUGGGUCUGAUGGUUCCGAUGCUUCCUCCCAAGACCUAGGAAAGACAGUAGAAUAUGCAGGAGAUGUGCACGAAUAACAGAUUCCACAUCAUCCACUCAGACCUCUGUGCUGCUCCGUUACUUUCAAUUCGUCACUCAUUAUACCGUCUUAAUAUCCUUUGUGGCGAAUAUCAAACAAGUUUUGUGGCUCGACGUGGAUUCAAACUCGUAUGCAAUAAUCUUCUGUCAUUAUGGUAGUUUUUACUAAAGAAUCAGCUAGUUUUAAUGAAAACUUCUUUGAUAUUAAUUGUGGAAAAAAGCUGAACUUGACUUAACUGUGAGCACUAAAUGUCUGUUAUGUGACAUUACCUCAAAUGUACUUAAUGUAUAAACAUCUUGGGUCUUUCUUUUUCUGUUACACAAAGGUCGCGUGUCUUUACCCAAUACAGAUCAUGACAGAUGACUUAUUACGGUGUGUGUGGGUAAGAGGCGCAUGGUUUCACUUGUACACCGUGCAUAAAAACGCAGUGACAGGUGAGCUCCUUCAGGGGUAUGACGCACUGUGUCACGCAGCUGUGUCUGAAUCCAGUUUACUUCUUCCUCUCCUUUCUUGCCGUUUGCGGUCGCAUUUCUAUAACUGUAAUCACAUAGACAGGCCGACCCGUCAAGGCUUUAUAUUAAUUGCACCUUCGUAAUGCAUUUAACACAUUCAUAUAGAACGUUGCUUGUAGACAUUCUAUGAAUUAAUUACGAAGGUGCAGAUAAUGUAAGCGUUACCAAUAAUAGUAAAAGUGGGACCUACUUUUUUACUGCGUCUCUGCUCUUAAUCUCCUUGUCAAGCUCAGUAUUUGGACAGCAAGUGACCCUUUGUGGCAUUUUAGACUUGUAGAGUUGCAUAAUGAUAGAAUGAAUGAAAAUUGGUGAAAAAUCAAAUGUAUGUUUGUAUUCAGCAUUUUAAGGAAAUGCCUUACUUUACGGCUUGUCUGUCGUGACAGUGUGCGACAAUUGAGCAGAACGGAAGGUAUUCAUGCGGUAAAAGCAAAAUAGUUUAGGUUAUACAACAGUUAACUAUGAAGGCAAAUUAAACUUAUAGUUCUAUAAUAAAGGAUUAUCUGUUAAGUUUUUGAUUUUUUUUAAGCGUGCUGGAGGUUUUAAGGAUGAUGCGAUGUGUUGAUACGGGCACUUUGCGGAAACAGCGGGUGUGUAUAUAAUCUAAGGCACACAAACCUGCAAGCGUUUAGUGGAAAGUGUGAGGAAGAGAGCUGCUCUUGUAACCUGCAGUGUGAUGUGUACCAUAGAUCAACACCGUUACAUUAAUACUACCCUUUUGUAUUAAUGUACAAAAACCACGGCCCGUCCACAAUGUCUCAAGUGCUCCGCUUUGUACAAGAAGGGUCACAAAAUGCACUUGGCAUCUUUUUUGUAUCGUGAAGUUGUACCCUUCAUCUUUAAUUAAGGAGACACCAGUGACGGCUACAACUCCUGCUUGUGGGGGGGGGGGGUUAAAAGGCAGCCAGCUCCUGUUCUCCCGCUGAUUGAUUCCAGCGCUUUCUCCCGUGCCUGGCGAACAAGCGUCUGGCUCAGCGACCGUGCCCAAAAGUAAUUUUGACUAAACAUGGUCACGUAAGUUAAGUCCAGGCGAACUCCCCCCCCACCCCAGUGCCGUAAGCUCCCACAGGCGGUCAGCCCUGACUGGCCCCCGAAUGCUCGCUUUGCAGAAUUAUGCAUGCUGCAUGCACGCUACAGUAGUUUACAGUAAGUAAUAUAAGGUGCU